CGCCUAUUGGUCACUCAAAGUAGUUGACACCCCCCUGCUUAUUUAUGAUUGGUUCCCUGAACGUAAAUCUACAAGCAGGUUUUUGUGAGCAUAUUUUUGUUAGCUUGAUGAAAGUAACAGAAGUCCGGCAAUCAACAGGGAUGGGAGAGCCGCCUGUGGUGACUCCUCAGCAGCUAACGAGAGGAAGGUAGUGACGGUUAAAGAGAAAAGUUGGACUGCCCUAUGCAAUGAAGAAAAUAUUCAACUUCACUAAGAAAAAGAAACAGUCGUCUGGCACCCCUGACAAUGUCAGUGCACUUUCUGAUGGCUAUGACCUGAAAGACAAGGAUCUGGGGAAGAUUCACAAGGCUGCUUUCCAAGGUGAUUUGGCCAAGCUGAAGCAGUUGGCUAAGAAGAAUGAUAUCAAUCAACUUGACAAGGAGAACAGAACUGCACUUCAUAUUGCUUGUGCCACCGGUCAUGCUGAAGUGGUGCAGUUCCUUGUUGAUGGCAAAGCCAAGCUUGACCUACGUGACAAUCAAAACAGAUCCGCCUUAAUGAAGGCGGUGCAGGGCCAACAUGAGCACUGUGUGACCAUAUUGUUGGAAAACCGUGCGGAUCCCAAUCUAGCGGACAUCAACGGGAAUACGGCCCUCCAUUUAGCAGCAAACAUCCCAUCUUUAUCCACUGCAGUACUAUUGUUGCAGCACGGAGCGGAAAUCAACGCGGCAAACACGGAGGGGUUCACACCCCUGACCGUAUCAGUCCGUGAGGACCGGAUCGAAAUGGCCGAGUUUCUGCUGAAAGAGGCCGCUAAUGUAAACUCUCUGGACCAAGAACAAAGGUCCCCCUUAAUGCUAGCUGCCAGCAGAGGGCAGCACAGUAUGGUAAAGCUUCUCUUGCAGUUCGAUCCAGACAUCACAUCUCAGGACAGCAAAGGGUGGUCAGCAGAUGACUAUGCAUUGAAGAAUGGACAUCAUAGUUGUUGCCUCCUGAUCACUGAACACGGUACCAAGAGGACCCAUAGGGCCUCAGGAUCACAUCCAGGUCCAAGCAAGAAGAAAAAAACUUUGGGCAUUCCUUCCCAAGAUGUUGAAGCAGGCUUUUCUUUGGGAGGACCAGCCACUGAUAAAGAGCAUGGGACAAAUGAAGCAGGGGGAGAUUUCGAAGACAAUUCCUUGUCAGAGUCAGUAAGCCGAGUUUCUAAAAGUGCUAAUGAUGAGUGGCCUUCAACAGAAGAUGAGGAUGAAUCUGUGGGAAAGAAACCGCUUAAAGUAAACCUCAGCCGAAUAUUUGGAUCUAAAAUGGGAGAAGCUCCCGUACUACUUGACACUUCCCCGAGUGACACAGAAUCUGAGCCAGAAUGUGAAACUAGUGUCCAAAGAAUCCCACCCACCCCACCGUCUUUAACUCCUGGCAAAACUCCACAGCACCCUGUAGAUCUCCCUCCAGUUUCCUCCCUUCCUAAACCACCGCAGAUGGCUUCUACUCCUCUUCCAAGCUCCAGAAAGGAACAAAAUUCCACCGAAGGUGACAAUGACCGGGAGGAAGAGCAAGAAGUCGACGAAGAGGAUGAAGGAGACACAUCAUAUGACAACAAUCAGUAUGAAGAUGGUGGGGGGGUUCAUGAUGCAGCUGCGACUGUUAACGAAGCAGAAGUUGGUAAAGAUAAGAAAAGAGAUUUCCGAUCAGAGCUGGGUCUGGAGAAAGGGGAAGAAGAGGGGAGUUCAUGGGACUCUGAGUCAAACUCUGAACUUUCCAACAUACCACAUAAAGAAGAGCAAGAUCGGCACUGCCUAAAUCUAGAAGAAACAUCUGCUGUGGAAGAGCCACUCAAAGAAAACAUGUUUUACAUUCCUUCUUUUUUAAGAGGGAAAGGAGGCAGUAGGAUGGCAGAGCUAGAGCCUCGCAAGAGUGAAGGCAUGCCGCAAGGCAGCCAGGGAGAGGCUGGAAGCAACGAUAGUCGAGGGGAACUUGCUGGUGAAGACAACACUCUACAGGAAAAGAAUGAAAGUCCAAAACGGGAACCGUUUAGUGUUUUCAGCAAAACUAAAGAAGAUGUCGACAUAAUGGAAGAGCUUGGUGUAGGUGACGUUGAUGAUCUAGAAGAUGGUUCAGACUGGGAUUCUGCCAGUACCAUCAGUAAGAGAACCAUUCCUGGGAGGAAGAUGCCCUCCUCCGGGCUUGAAGAGUUUCAGGAAGAUGGUAAUUCUUCUGGUAGUGAACAAAAGGCAGAUCCUGCUCUUCCCACACCCUCAACACCUCAGAGGAGCAUCAGCUCUGGCAAAAGUGUGCCAAACACAGCCUCCAAAUCUGCUCCACAGCCCCAGCCACGAGCAAGGAAGAUGAUUCUUCAGAAACCAGACAGUGAAGAAGAAUCAGAUCGCGAGCCAGAAAAUAUCAGAGGCUUUCAAGAAACAUCUCCAUCUGACAAUCAGCUUCAAAGUUUAGCUGAGCCUCUGGCAGUGGUACAACCAGGUUCUGCUGAGCUCCUGCUGAUGGUGGAACACACUGAAGAUAGCUUGGAUUUUGAAGACCAGCAAGAAAAGGAGAACGAUGAUGCAGUAGAUGGAUGUGAGUUAACUUUGCACAACUUAGGCCACGCAGGCUCUGACACUGAAGAAAAGGAUGAUGAUCACCUUGAAGAAAGGGUUGGCGGAGAUACACCGUGGGAGCAGCGUUAUGAGAAACUCUGGGUAGAGGUGGAGAAAAAGGAGGUGAAAUCCACCUUUAAGAGUGUUGCUGGGGAAUUAAAAGAGAGGUUUGGAGAACUUUUUAAAUCGAGACGUCUUGCAGAAAACCCUACGGAAGACGCUACUCCCACAUCCAGCUCCGCAGAUGAAGAUUCAAGCGAUGAAGAGGAAGGAGAGGUCAUUGCUCGUCCUGCAGCUCGAGCAAGAAGUACUGUUCUCCUCACCAUCCCUGAGCAGAGAGAGUCGGGACAGGAGGAGUCUGUGGCAGAGUCUCCUGACAACUCCUUGUGUGAGGAGAGGUUCCUGGACUGUGAUCAGGCUGUUCGUCACAAGUCUGCUCUGCUCACAGCUGAUGUUGCGGACACUGCUUCAUCACAGCUCACAGCUGAACAGAGAGAAAGCGAAGACGACGCAGAUCACCACACCAAACCUUUUUCAAAGGAUAACAGCAUGACUAUGUUUGCUGCUGACUCUACUGCCCGUCUACAUGAAGCUGGCAGGAGCGCUGAAGGUUCAGGAGACGCGGUUGAAGACAGUCUGGUGUCUGAGCUGGCCUCUCGAAACAGACGUCUAGAUGUCUCUAAUGGAGAAGGACAUGAGGAAGAGGACAUGACGAAGUUUAACCCUGAGAUCAGCAGCAAAACCGCAGCAGCUGCAAUGGAGGAGCAAAAGCCGUGUGCUUCCUGGGAUAGUGGAGAAACAGCAGUGGAAAAAGUUGGUCCUGGGAAACCUGAGACUGGUUUAGGUUCCCUGUUAAGUCAAGGUGAAGGAUCUCAGCAGCCCGUUCCUGCUCAAAGCACCAGCAGAGCUCCAGUCCAGCAGAGCUGCAAUAGCAAGAAGCAAGAGAAGCUGAUGGUCCGAGGGGCCCGGCCCAGCAGAGCCCCUCAGACCAGCAUACAUGUUAAUGGAGAUCCCUGCUCUGUGUUUGAUGAUAGCUCUUUAAGUGACAUGUCGGACGAUGAAGAAAGGUUGUCGGCCAGAGGGCAGCAGAAAAGCAAGAUCCAGAACCCUGAAGAGAUGGACAUGGCCGAAGAUUUAGAUGAACUCACCCAGUCGUCAGACACGGCCACAGAUGACACGGACUCACCCACUUCAGGCUACCGUCACGCAUCCCUCCUCAUCCAGAAGCUGGAUUCAUCCACUUUGGACUCCAUGAGUAUUACCAAGCUGCAGAACAUUUUCCAUGAGUAUGAACGCUCCAUUCAGAGAGUGCGAAGUCGCCAUGGGUACCUGGCAGAGAAGGUGAGCCAGCUGGAAAUGGAAAGGGCGGCGCUAAGGAGCUCACUGGAGGAAGUGAAAGACGUUAAGUCUGUGCUGGAGCGCAACCAGUUGGAAUUACAGACUGAAGUCACACACCUCAAAUUUCAACUGAAACAAGAGCAGGAGAAUCGCCACAACGCCACCAUGAUGUACAACACUACCAGAGAUAAGCUGAGGAGGAUGGAGGAGCAGCAUCAGCUUGAGGUUCAGGAGAGGCAGAAGGUGGAACUGACACUGAGAAACCUGGAGCUGGAGAUGAGAACGCUGAUCAACAACAUGAAACAGCUUGAAGAAGAGCACAGUGAGACUCAGAGACUCCUGGCUCAGGAACGCAGCAUGCGGGCCCAGCAGCAACAUUUGCUCAGCAGCCAUCUCCAAAAGCAGCAAGAGAUGGAGGUGGAGAACAAGAGAAACAUCACCAGAAGCAGCGAGGCUUUGUCUCAGCUCACAGAGGCCAGUGACAGGGAAAGGGAGCUGCUUCAGCAGACUGCUUUGCUACAGGAGCAGCUGUCCAUGCUGAGGACAGACCUUGAACAAUCGCAAGCAAACAGCAGUCUCAGAGAGAGUAACCUCGUGGAGGAGAACGAGACCCUUAAGGAACAGCUCGAAGAUGUUCGCCGAGAUCUCAAACUUAGCAACGACGCUGUGACCCAGACUGUGUUCUCUUGCAACAACCAGCUGGCCACCCUGAAGUCUGAGUUGGCGAAAACGACGAGCCGGCUGGAAAUCGAACGCCAGGCUCGCGAAACGAUGGAGGCAGAGGUCGAGUUAACUCGCGGCCGCCUGGCUGGAGCUGUGAGGGAGGCGGAGCUUCGCCUGGCUGCUCAUUCAGACACAGAGAAAGCUCUGCUGAGGGAGACGGAAGAACACCAGCGACUCAAAGACCGUCUCACAGGUGAACUAGCUACUCAGCGUGAGGCAGUAAGUGGCCUGUCAGAGAAGCUGGCCAAGGCUGAAGCACGUGCCAACAGCAUGGAGAACGAGGUUCAUCGGGUCACUCUGCAGCUGACGGAGAAAGGUCUGCUGCUGGAUGUCCUGCAGAGAGAGAAGGACCAGGCGGCGACAUGCGCGAAGGAGCUACAAAACGCUCUGCACGCAGCGAGGGAGCAGGUUAGUCGUGCAGGAGCACGCCAAGAAGCAUCGCAAGAGCGGCUAGCCCAAGCCCAAAGCGAGGCCAUGUUGCUGCGGCAACAACUAGAAGAGGCCCAAAACAAAGGCGUUGCAAAGGAACGUGCUGUCACAGACGCUCAGGAGCGCUUUAGUGACAUCCUGUCCAAGCUGCGCUCCGACUGUGAAGAAAGAGUUGUGCUGGUCGAGGACAGAAAUAAGGAGCUUGCUAGCAAGGCUGCUGAUCUUCGGGACCAGAUCUAUAAGUUAGAGGAAGAGAAGAAUGAACGAGAGACCGGCAUAAGGCAGCUGCAACAGGAGCUAGCCGACUCUCUGAAGAAGCUGUCAAUGAGUGAAGCCUCUCUGGAGGUCAACACACGUUAUCGCAAUGACCUGGAGGAGGAGAAAGCUCGGUUUCUAAAAGACAACGACAGACUCAGAGGAAAGCUUGAAGAAAGUGAAGAUCAGUACGUUCAGGCAGAGCGACAUAUCAACAGUCUGAAGAGCAGUCUGGGCGAAAGGGAAAAGGAACUUGGCAGUGCCGCUCAGAAACUCCAGGAAGCACUGUCUACCUCCGCAGAUUCUGAAAUCACCAUCAAACAGUUGGAGGAAGCUGUGCAAAAGCUGGAGAUUGACAAUGCCAGACUAGAAGCUGCUGCGAAGCAACAGUCCAGUAAAAUAGAGGCUCUUCAGAAAGGUGCUCAGGAAACUGCCAUGGUCCGUGGACGUUUGGAAGACUUAGUAACAAAUCUCCAAAGCAGCAAGAUGACUUUGGAAGACCAGCUGAAUAAAGAGGUCCAGAAACAAAGUGUGCUCUCUCAUACCGCCCAGGACUCUCAGGCCCUGUGGGAGGAAGAGCUGAAGAGCCACUCCAAGUUAGGACUGCGCCUGUCGGAGCUGGAAAAAGAAAAAGGAGAGCUCUCCACCCAGAUGGAGAUGGAAAAGAAGAAAGCCAAGAAAAUGACGGAGCAGAAGAAGGCUGUUGACACUCGCCUCGAUCAGGAGAUGAAGAGAAACAUGGAGCUUCAAAAAGAAAUGUACAGGCUACGCACCUUAUUAAAAACCGCAAAGAAGAAGCUGCGGGAUCAAGAGUCUGGGAGAGCAGAGUUUGCCUCUCCGUUGAGCACUCUCCGGAUGGACCUGGGCAGAACCAAUCAGGCCGACGGCGCCUUCGGAUGGAUGAAGGACAAGGUGGAUGAUCUGCAGGGACAGCUGGAGAAGGAAACAUCUCGUCGCAGCCAGCUAGAGAAGAUAAACGAGGAGCUUAAGGAUCAGUUGGCCUCCCUGAAAGGCUUGGGCCGUAGUAAUGAUGAGCUGGAGAGAAGCAGGAGGCAACUGGAGGAGGAGGUGUUGGAGCUGAGACGCGGAAUGGAGGCCGCCCAGAUGGACCAAAGCCAGGUGGACCACUACCGCCGUGAAGCAGAGGAAAAAGCCCGCCAGGAAGUACAGCAGAAACUAGAGCAAGUCAACCUCUUCCUCCAGUCCCAGGCAGCAUCUCAAGAAGCUCUAGAUCAGAUCAAAGCUGCUAACGAGGCCAACCUGCGCUCCCACCUGGAACAGAAGAUCCGGGAGCUGGAAGGGGAGCUGGGCCGAGUCCGCACCAGUCAUCUGGACAGUCUCAACCAAAAAGAGUCCACGCGCUCCGAGUUGGAGCGAUACCGACAGCUCUACAAUGAAGAGAUGCGUCUCCGGAAGUCCCUAGCUGCUAAACUGGAGAGGGCCAACAGUCGGCUCUCAGAAGCCAACUCCAAGUUGCUCAGUGAGCGCAGCAGGUCUCUUAUCACAGGCAACAUCACAAAUGGGAGCCUGGUGGGACCUACUCUGGACCUGAGCUCUUUGGGUUCACCAGCAAACCCCGGGGCCACAUUGGGCUCCCUCAACAGGAGUUUUGGAUUUCCCCUCCUUAGUCCUGUGACAGACGGACAGAACCGCAGGGUGGAGGAUUACCUGGCUAAGAUGCAGAGUGAGCUGGACAAAAACAUAUCUAAAGAACUGAGCAACGCCACAGCAGAGCUAGAUGCCGCCUCGGCCCGUUUGUCCCCGGUGGGCUCCGCCUCCAGAGUGGAGCUGGACCCCCUCAGCAGAGCGACGCAGCAGUAUUUGGAGGUGCUGAAGAAGAAUCAUAGGAUCUGACUCCACAUUUUCGCUGCUUGCUGUCAGCCAUCAGAAACUCUAAAGCCAAGAAUUAAACACCUCAGUUGUUUUUUAUCCUGUGUCAUGAAAGAAAUCAACUUUAUUGCACGUUGCACUUGCCCACUGAGCGAGGGACGAGACUCUCAACGGGUACAAAUAAAGACGAUCUCAAAAGUAUUUGUUUUUCUGGCUGAAAUUGUAGUUUGGAUUUUUAUUUGUGUAUUUUGCUGUUGCAGAAUUGGCGUUUCUAAGUAUUUGUAUUUUUCAUUGUUUUUGCCAACUUAUUACAUUUGGUGCGUGCCAUCCAAUGGGGCAAUAUCUGUUUUAGUCCUAAAUAUGGACUUGUGUCAUUCUCAGCUUAUUUAUUCCUUUGAACACUAUAUACUUGAACAUGACGAGCUGCAAACUCUCCGGCUAUAAAAACAGGGUGACAAGAACCAUUUCAGCUUGUUGGUGGUUUGCUUUAAGUAACAGCCAGUUUAUAUUUUGUUCUUUGUUUUUAUUAUCAUUAUCAAAUACUGUAAAAGAAAUCUAACUUCAAUGUAAUGAUGUUUCAUUCCCUGCAACAACAGUGGCAUAAAAGUUCUGUUGGUAAGUGAAAUCAAAUAAAUGGAAAAAUAUAUGAAGCAUAA